AUGGAGUUCUUGGAGCUUAAGCAGGGAAACAUGACUGUGGCUGAAUAUGCAGCCAAGUUUGAGGAGCUGGUGAGGUACUUUCCCCAUUAUCAAGGGAGAGAAGGUGCAAGUUCCAAGUGUGUAAAGUUUCUGAAUGGCUUACGACCUGAAGUGAAGCAAGCUGUAAAUUACCAAGGUGUUCGUCAGUUCCCACUUUUGGUUAAUAUGUGUCAGAUUUGGGAUGAAGACUCCCGAGAUAGGGCGACCUAUUAUAGGAGUACAGGUCCAAUGAGGAACAAAAAGAAUGGGCCUCGACCUCGGGGAAAACGAUACUCGACUCCUCCUAAGCAAUAUGGUAACCACCAUGAAAAUCAGAGGACUGUUGCUAAGGGAAUUGCAGGUGGUAGUGGUAGCAAACCCAAUACUUUCCCCACUCAGAUCACUUGCUACAGAUGUAAGACACCAGGGCACAUCUCCUCGAAUUGUCCAGAUAAAGAUAUAAAUUCUUUUAAUUGUAGACAAAAAGGGCAUUUUCAAAGAGAUUGUCCACAUCUCAAGAAAGAGAAAAAUGGUGGGGGCCUGAAUGACCAAAUUGGACAUCCAAAGGCCACUGGAAGAGUCUUUACCCUUAACGGUGCUGAAGCUUCGAAAUCCUAG